UAUGGAGUCUGAGAAACUUGAAGAAGGGAUACGCGAUUGCAUUUUAGAGAUCAUAAAGCAAAAAGAGCCUGUGAAGAAAGGAGAAAUAGAAAGCUAUGAAAGUGGUUUUCUUGGAAAACUUCUAGAGGCCAAUCAUGAAACCAAUAAGAACAAGUGGAUCUCGGUGGAAGAUAUUGUCGACGAGUGUAAAACAAUCUAUUUUGCUGGACAUGAAACAACUACAUCCUUGCUCGGAUGGACUAUUCUUCUUCUAGCUAUACACAAGGACUGGCAAGAGAAAGCAAGGAAGGAGGUGGUUGAUUUGUUUGGCCGAAAAACUCCCAAUUCAGAUGGCAUUGGAAGAAUGAAAAUUAUGAACAUGAUCAUUGAAGAAUCCUUACGACUAUACCCUCCAGUGCCUGCCAUCAAAAGAAAGGUUGAGAAGAAAGUUCGAUUAGGGAACCUUAUUCUUCCACCUAAUAUGCAGCUGUAUAUUUCACCCCUAGCACUACACCAUGACCCUCGAAUAUGGGGAGAAGAUGUUCACCUUUUCAAACCAGAAAGAUUCACAGGAGGGGUUGCCAAAGCUUCCAACAACACUGCAGCAGCAUUUUUGCCAUUUGGUUUUGGACCUCGGACUUGUGUGGGAUUGAAUUUUGCAGUUAUUGAAGCAAAGAUUGUACUUUCUAUGAUUCUGCAGCGCUAUGCGUUUAAUCUCUCACCAACUUACAUUCACUCCCCGAUUCAGCUUUUCAUGGUCCGCCCUCAACAUGGAAUUCAAGUCUUUCUUCAUGCCACUUGAGCAUAGGCAAAUGAUCUGUUUGCUCUCUCACCAAAUUGUACUCACUUCCCAAUUCAACUGUUCAUAUUCCACUUCCAAUAUGGAGUUCAAGUCAAUGACCUCGUAUUAUGUAGACAAAACAUGUACAUAGCAGCAAAAGAAAUGGUUUAUACAACAGUUGCAAGUAAAC